AUGACUCUCAAAAGAUAUCCCCAAUUCAUUCUAGUGGGUGAUUCCAUUGUUCAAUUUUCAAGUAAUCUGCGGGAUGGUUUCUCAUUUACUGCAGGUCUUGAAGAACAUUGUUCUAGGCGACUGCAGGUUAUAAACCAUGGCUUGAGCGGGUACAAUACCGAUAAUGCUCUUGAGAUACAGCAGCAUCUUGUUCCAGAUCCAGCUACUGCAAAAGUUUCCUAUCUGCUCAUCCUUUUCGGUGCAAAUGAUGCGUGCCUCCCAGAAGGUCCCACGGGCCAAUAUGUUCCUUUGGAAAAUUACAAGAAAAACAUCGAAGCCCUUCUCGGUCAUUGGAGUUCCAUAGCUCAAAGUCCUACGAUCUUGCUGGUGACACCACCACCUAUCAACGAGAUCCAGCUUGAGGAGCAAGACCGUCAGAAGGGCUACUCUUCUGUCACACGCUUACAGUAUAAUACAGCCAAGUAUGCAGCUGCAGUGAGAGAAAUUGCCGCCAAGUGGAAGGAUCGAAACGUGGUAUUAGUCGAUCUUUGGAAAGCCAUGAUGCAUAAAGCCGUACAGAUGAGUCAAAAUGACACCAUUGAUGUCGACACGAUUGGUACCAAAUGUGCUGCAGACGAUAAAGCUAUGAGAAUGCUUCUCACCGACGGGCUCCAUCUCUCUAGCGAAGGAUACAAGAUACUCUUAAACGAAGUGAUACCCUUGGUGGGAAAGGAGUGGAAUAAAGAGCCAGACGAUAAUCCGAGCUGGCUUUUUCCACAUUGGACAGUAGCUCCUAAAUUUCGUCGUUGA